GUCUAAUUAGUGCAUACCGUCUUAGCUCUUUUCUUCUAAACCGGAUGGUUCAGGAUUGGAUCGCUUUAAUGAGGCUCAGGAUGUGGCUGCAUCUCAUUUUUCUGCGUGUGUGACAUUGUUCUGAUGGACGUCCGCUGGUGACGUGAGUUCUCAGAGCUUCUUAAAUAUCAGGUGAAACAGAGCAGUUGGUGGUAAACGAGGCAUGAGUCCUGCAGAACUUGGAAGAAGCCGUCAGUCACUGAUGUUAACAUGUUGACAACGAUGAUGCUGUCAGUGCUUCUGGUGCUGGGAGGUCUGGGGGGGGCAGCAGCGUCUGACCUUCACGUGUUCGGGAAGUCCUUCCACAGUGACGACCCCUUGGAGAGCAGCCACGACAGCCAACUGAGCAUGCUGAGGAAGCAGCUGCGCCAACAGACAAAAAGGGGAAUCCGCAGAAGUUUGGACCUGGAGAGCUUCAACAUCCGUGUGUCCCCCACCUCCAGCAAACUCAACCUACCAACCGUCAUAAAGCUGUAUCCACCCACAGCCAAACCUCUGCACAUGCACGCCAACAUGCCACUCCGCUUCGGGAGGGAGAGUGACGACAGGGUGCCAAACUCUUCCCCCAACAUGCCCCAGAGGUUCGGCCGGUCCUGGGAGGUCCUCCGCAUGUGUGGAGGCUGCCGGAGUGUCCGGGAAGCACAGAGCCCGGUGUUGCCGCAGAGAUUUGGCAGAAACACUCCUCACUGGGGGUUUCUGAACUCUCUGGCCAGUGAACAGCUGUUGAACCCUGAAUACCGCUGGAAGGAAGACAUUGACCUUCCAACCAGCUCGGAAGAAGAGGAGAUGGAAGGAAAAGACAUUUACAACAUGAAGUGAUCUAAGUUUGCCUUUAUGUCAACAACAUUCAGUUCAUAUUUACAUUGUUUUUAACUGUAAUGACAAAAAGAUCUGUCACUACAUUUAAACCUAUUUAUAGACUAUUAUUAAAAGUAUGUAUGCUGGAAAACAUGUCUUAAACUGUGCAAAUAAAGAAUAAAUGUAUAGUAAAAUAAAGCUUUAAGCAUUGAGGCAAAAAAAU